CUCAACCCUCACACCUCUGCAAAGGAGGACCCUGGAGAGGGCGGAGAGGUUUGGCAACCUAAGCGCUCAGCGGGAAUUGGUGAGCACAGCACUCGAGGUGCAUCACCCUCCCCUGGCAAGCGGUUUGCCCCUGCCUCCUCCCUGAGCUCCUCCAGCUUCCCGAGCUACAAGUAAACUAGACCCGAGAACUUCCCACGGUUUUUCUGGCCUUCCAGGAACUGCCAGGUACCUGCGCACGUGGGCAGCAGCUGCGCCAGGUGGCAUCAGGGGUGGGGUCGAUGAAGCGCAACGUGAGGAAGAUGCUGAGCCCUCGUGAGAAGGAGCCCCAGGGCGUUGUCUAUCAGGGUGUGGAGGACGACAGAGAAGACUCCUCGGACGCCUGUAAGGUGUUUUUUGAAGGAAGUGCGUGUAGAUUGAAAAAAAUUAUGAGGAAAAGAAGGUCAUGUAGAAAAUAUGAAGAUGUGAAUGCCUCACCUUUGCAUUAUGCUGCAGAAGAAGGCCAAAUUCAGCUGCUAGAGAUGAUCAUCAAUGACUCCUGUUGUGACGUGCUGAAUGUGAUGGACAAUUUUGGAAAUACCCCUAUGCACUGGGCGGCAUUAAAAAACCAGGCUGAGAGUGUUAAGUUUCUUCUUAGCAGAGGAGCCAACCCAAACCUCCGGAACAGCAACAUGAUGGCACCUCUCCACCUCGCUGUUCAGGGCUUGCAUAACGAGGUGGUGAAGGUCUUGACUGAUCACAGCAGUACUAAUCUUAAUUUGGAAGGAGAAAAUGGAAACACAGCUGUGGUGAUUGCCUGUUCCAAGGAUAAUAGUGAAGCACUACAAAUUUUGUUAAAUAAAGGAGCUAAGCCAUGUAAAUCAAAUAAAUGGGGAUGUUAUCCUGUUCACCAGGCUGCAUUUUCAGGUGCCAAAAGAUGCAUGGAAAUAAUAUUAAAGUAUGGUGAAGAACAUGGAUACACAAGACAGUCUCAUAUUAACUUUGUGAAUAAUGGGAAAUCUAGCCCUCUUCACCUAGCAGUUCAAAGUGGUGACUUAGGAAUGAUUAAAAUGUGCCUAGAUAAUGGUGCCAAGCUGGACCUGAUGGAGAAUGGGAAGUGCACAGCCCUUCAUUUUGCUGCCACCCAGGGAGCCACUGAGAUUGUUAAAUUAAUGAUAUCUUCCUAUACUGGCAACAGCAGGGAUAUUGUCAAUGCAGUGGAUGGAAAUCAGGAGACACCACUUCACAGAGCCUCACUAUUUGAUCACCAUGAACUAGCAGAAUACUUAAUUUCAGUGGGAGCAGAUAUUAAUGCCACUGAUUCUGAAGGACGAUCUCCACUGCUACUAGCAACUACUUCUGCAUCUUGGAAUACUGUAAAUUUGCUACUCUCUAAAGGUGCCCAUGUAGACAUAAGAGAUGAUCUAGGACGUAAUUUUCUGCAUUUAACUGUACAACAGCCUUAUGGAUUAAAAAACUUGCAACCUGAGUUUAUGCAGAUGCAACAUAUUAAAGAACUGGUGAUGGAUGAAGAUGUUGAUGGGUGUACUCCCCUGCAUUAUGCUUGCAGACAGGGGGUACCUGUCUCUGUAAACAACCUACUCGGCUUUAAUGUGUCCAUUAAUUCCAAAAGCAAAGAUAAGAAAUCACCCUUACACUUUGCAGCCAGUUAUGGGCGUAUCAAUACGUGUCAGAGGCUCCUGCAAGACAUAAGCGAUACGAGGCUUUUGAAUGAAGGUGACCUUAAUGGAAUGACUCCCCUCCACCUGGCAGCAAAAAACGGACAUGAUAAAGUAGUUCAGCUUCUUCUGAAAAAAGGUGCAUUGUUUCUCAGUGACCAUAAUGGCUGGACUGCUUUGCAUCAUGCUUCCUUGGGUGGGUACACUCAAACCAUGAAGGUCAUCCUUGACACCAAUUUGAAGUGUACAGAUCAACUAGAUGAAGAAGGGAACACCGCACUGCACUUUGCUGCCCGGGAAGGCCAUGCCAAAGCUGUUGCCCUUCUUCUGAGCUAUGAUGCUGACAUUGUCCUGAACAAGCAGCAGGCCUCUUUUUUGCAUGUUGCAAUUCACAAUAAGAGAAAGGAAGUGGUUCUUUCAGCCAUCAGAAAUAAAAGAUGGCAAGAAUGCUUACAGGUUUUUAGUCAUCAUUCUCCAAGCAAUAAAUGUCCAGUCCUGGAAAUGGUAGAAUACCUCCCUGAAUGCAUGAAAGUACUUUUAGAUUUUUGUAUGCUGCCCUCCACAGAAAACAAGUCCUGCCGAGACUACUGUAUCGAAUAUAAUUUUACAUAUCUUCAGUGUCCAUUAGAAUUCACCAAAAAAGUAACAUCUCCACAGGAUGUUACAUAUGAACCUCUUGCAACCCUCAAUGCGAUGGUACAUCAUAACCGCAUAGAGCUUCUCAAUCAUCCUGUGUGUAAAGAAUAUUUACUUAUGAAAUGGUUGGCUUAUGGGUUUAGAGCCCAUAUUAUGAACCUAGGAUUUUACUGUCUUGGCCUUUUGCCUAUGACCUUUCUUGUUAUCAGUAUAACUCCAGGUAUGGCUUUCAACUCCACCGGAGUCAUCAAUGAAACAAGUGAUCAUUCAGAAAUUUUAGACACAAAGAAUUCAUAUUCUAUAAAGGUGUGUAUGAUGUUUGUUUUCCUUUCAAGCAUAUUUGGAUAUUGCAAAGAAGUGGUACAAAUUUUUCAACAGAAGGGCAAUUACUUCUUGGAUAUUAACAAUGCAGUCGAAUGGAUUAUCUAUACAACAAGCAUCGUUUUUGUGGCACCUUUGUUCAUUGGUUUACCAGCUUACAUGCAGUGGCAGUGUGGAGCAAUUUCGAUAUUCUUCUAUUGGAUGAACUUCUUAUUGUAUCUUCAGAGAUUUGAAAAUUGUGGCAUUUUCAUUGUUAUGUUGGAGGUCAUUAUAAAAACUAUGUUGAGGUCUACUAUCGUGUUCGUAUUCCUUUUUUUGGCCUAUGGACUCAGCUUCUAUGUGCUCCUGAAUUUACAGGAUGCUUUCAGUUCUCCAUUGCUUUCUAUAGUGCAGACCUUCAGCAUGAUGCUAGGAGAUACCAAUUAUCGUGAUGCCUUCCUCGAGCCAUUUUUGAAAAAUGAAUUGGUAUAUCCAGUCCUGUCCUUUGUACAACUUAUUACCUUCACAAUGUUUGUCCCAGUUGUCCUCAUGAAUUUACUUAUUGGUUUGGCAGUUGGUGACAUCGCUGAGGUCCAGAAACAUGCAUCACUGAAGAGGAUUGCUAUGCAGGUGGAACUUCAUACCAGCUUAGAAAAGAAGCUGCCACUCUGGUUUCUCCGCAAAGUGGAUCAGAAAUGCAUCACUGUCUACCCCAACCGGUCCAGAUACUCAGGAGGAUUACUUUGUAUAUUCCGUUAUUUAUUUUCCACCUGCGAAGAAAGCCAAGAAAUACCAAGCGUUGAUACAUCUUUAGAAACAGAAAUAUUGAAACAGAAAUACCGGCUGAAGGAUCUCACUUCUCUGCUGGAAAAACAGCACGAGCUGAUUAAACUCAUCAUUCAGAAGAUGGAAAUUGUCUCAGAGACAGGGGAUGAUGAAGAUAACCAUAGUUCUUUCCAAGACAGGUUUAAAAAAGAACAGUUGGAGCAAAGGAAUAGUAAGUGGUGUUCUGUGUUGAAAGCAGUCAAGGCAAAUUCGCAAGUCCCGUAGCACGAGUCAUCCCCGCCUGCAGUGGGGUUUCUGUGUGUGAUUGCAGGCCUUGCUGGGUCUAAGCUCCAGACUGGAAAGAGUGGGAAAGAAAGCAGAAAUCUGAUUCUGAUUUUAUUGCAUGUGUGAAAACGGUCCCUACAUUCUCUAUAAAGGUAAACUAUCCUUUCCUCCACAUUUUUUUUUUUUGCUACUACUCCAACUGGGAAACCUUGCUGAUAUGUUCGAGUUAGAAUUUGACCUCUUGUUAUUAGAAACUAAAUUGCUAGAACACACAUUUUUAAUGAUGAUCAGGAAUAAUAAAUGGAACAGUUAAGCUAGAAUACAAAUGUCAAUGCUGAAUUGCUUAAAAUAGUAUAUAAUGUGAUGCAUUAGACAAUGAGGAAUUACAUUAGUUUCUAUCAUUUGGGAGACUUUUUGCCCUGAAAAUGCUGUGGUGGAACCCUAUAUCCUGUGUUCUAACAAUAAAUAAUUUCCCCACCUUCUUGCUGUUCCGAUA